AUGUUGUUCUCACUUGCAUGGCUGCUCAUGCUCGCCUCGCUGGCGAAUGCAGCCGCAGUCGACUUUGCAACCCUACCAGCUCAUCCUCGACUGCUCUUCACAGAUGAUCGCGUGCAGCGUGUUCUUGCUAUGAAUGAGACCGACGCGUAUUACCGUGACGUCCUCGGCCAUCUCGCAGCAACCGCUCAGACAGCUGUCAAAACGCCUGUCGCCCUGACCUCCGCCUCGUCAUGGUCGAGCACGAUCCGGAUGAAUGUCGGUGCUGCAGCAGGAAUGUACCGGCUCACCAACGACACUAUUUACUCCGAUUGGAUCGCUGACACCCUGCUUGUGCUCUCCGGCCUCGCAGACUGGAAUCCGUCCAAUUUUUUGAAUACGGCCGACAUCACCAUGACUGUCUCGCUGGGAUAUGACUGGGUGUACGAGGCGCUGACGGACACGCAACGGAUCACGAUCGAGACUGCAAUCUUUGACAAGGCGUUUGUCCCCGCGAUGGAUUCCUCCAUUAAUUCAUGGAGUCGCCACACCAACAACUGGGCCCAGGUAACGCAUGGAUGCCUGAUCAUUGGCGCUCUGGCGGCAGGGGACGUCAACUCCACGCUUGCCAGUAAGGUGAUGGAGUUUUCGCUCCCGAAACUGAAAGUAUCGCUGGAGCAAUAUGCGCCUGACGGCGGGUACAUAGAAGGCUAUUCCUACGGAGCAUAUGCCGGAAUCUUUCUGGGGCUGAUGAUGGGCGCAUUGGACACCGCACUAGGAGACGACCUGGGGAUCUCCAGUCUGGCAGGCAUGGACAACCUGGGUGCCUGGCUGACCCAUGGGCUGGGCCAGGCAGGCGCAUUCAGCUGGGCAGACGGGGCCUGGACCCUGUCCAACGCCAACACGCUGUGGAGCGUCGGCUACUGGGCAACACGGUUCCAGAAGCCCGAAUGGCUCCAGGGAAUGCUCUCUGCAUUCACAGCCGCCCAAGCAGCAACCUUCCAGGCGUUCCUGUUCUACGAUUCUUCGCUAACUUCGCCGACCGUCCUCCCCACCAUGCCGCGCUACAACCAGUUUUCUGGUGUCGCAGGCAUGACCUACCGCACCUCGUGGACCAGCAGCACAAGCGGGUGGUUCUUUGGGUUUAUGGCGGGGUUCAACGGGCGCUCGCACGGCCAUCUCGAUGCCGGGUCUUUUGUGGUGGAUUACAAAGGACAUCGCUGGGCUGAGCUGCUGGGCUCCGACAGCUACAGUCUCGGCGAUUAUUUCGUUGCCCCGCGUCGCUGGACAUACUACCGCUGCCGCACGGAAGGAUCCAACACGCUGAGCAUCUCCCCCAGGAUCCAGACGGGGCUCGCCUUUGCCAAUCAGAUUCCGUCUGCGAAUAACUCACUCUUGUGGACGGGGAGCUUCGACACCUCGAGUCGGUUUGGCAUCGCCAAUCUCACCCAGGCAUAUGCCAAUGUCUCCACCAGCGUCCUCCGUGGUGUGGCGGUCUUGAACGAUUCCCAGCUCCUGGUCCGGGAUGAGGUCCGAGCAUCCAGUCCCGUGGACAUUGCCACUAGCUGGCAUACGAGCGCAGACGUGACGGUCGGUUUCAACAACCGGACCGCUACACUGGUGCUGGGUGGCGUCACGAUGGAAGCAACUCUGCUAUCUCCGCCCGGCGCGUACUUUCAGCUCACCAACACGAACCCUUGUGGUGCGUAUACUGGGUGCGCUGAGGCGACUAAUGCGGGAAUAUCCAACAUGGCAGUUCGCCUAGGGCGCAUGACUGCAGAUGCGAAUAUUGUACUGGCUUUUGCAGAGAGCGGCACGAUUGUCGACGAUUUUGAUGCUGAAUUGGCCGAGUGGUACUCUUUAUGUACCACUGAUUGCUGGAAAGGGGACAAUGUGGAGGAUCCAUACUGGCUGGCUAACUCGGAGGUAUAUUAUUAG